AUGUCUGGACAACGUUCAACUGCUUUUACCGGCCUCGGACGUAUCGAUGUCCAUCAUCAUUGUUUUCCGGGAACUGUCCCGGAGUUGCAGUCCGAGUUUGAGAACAAUUCCUACAAUCUCAACUAUUCCCCAUUCCCCUCCACGCCGCAAGAGCAUAUCCAGUAUAUGGACGAAGUUGGUAUUCAGACCGCUGUUAUUACUCCAUCUAUCAAGUCCGAGUGGCACAACGGUUACACUGCCCCCGAUUUCCUCGAAUUAUGCCGCAAGUCUUUCCAGGCUCAGCUUGAAUACGUUUCUUUCAAUCCUCUCCGGUUUGGCUGUUUCGCUGUUCUUCCGCUGCCGCAUAUUCGGGAGACAUUAACCUUUAUCCGCGAAGCAUCCUCCGCUCUAAUCCCCCCGGAUGGUUUCGCUGUGACCACCGCUAUGGGCCAGCGCUAUCUGGGUGAUCCCGCUUUUGAGCCCGUGUGGGCUGAGAUCAACAAGCUUCGCGCAGUCGUCUUCAUUCACCCAGCGGACACGAUCAUGCCAGAGCACCUAAACUUUGGCCCAUUCGUGCAGGAAUUCCCCUUCGACACCGCCCGCGCCAUCACAAGCAUCAUCCACUCCAGUAUCCUCGUCCGCCAUCCGGACAUCCGCUUCCUCUUCUCCCACAACGGCGGCGCAUUCCCGUACCUGGCUGACCGAAUCGGCCGUCAGCAUCUUGACAAUGUCAUCACCAAGACAAAUGAGGGUCUGACUAUGCGUGAGCUUUUGGCGACGAAGAAUAUUUACUUUGACACCAGCAUCUCCUCCCCCAUGCAGUACCCAAUUAUACAAGAUCUCGGUAUUUCGUCGAAGCGUCUGCUCUACGCAACUGACUACCCGUACACCAAGCGCGAUGACAAUAUCACUUAUUUGGACGGCUACAAUGCGCCCAAAGAUUCGGGACUUUAUGACGAGGCAGAGAUGGAGGGUAUUCUGCGUGAGAAUUCCCUAGAGCUGUUCCCACGCCUUGCGAAAUUGUAUGCUGCGCUUCGUUAA